UAUAUCAUAGGUUCAAAAACCCUAAAUCGCCUUUCGUCUCCCAAAUCUGCCGCCGCCGCCAUCGUCGAUCCUGUAAUGGAUUCGAGUUACUCUGAUUCUCGUCCUUAUGGUGUUUGGAACCAAACCCAGAUGGUUGAUUCAAUGAACAACGACCAGUCUGAUUCACAGACAAUGCCACAGUUAAAAAGGCCGAGACUUGUUGAUGACAACAACACUUCUUGGAAUGUUCCAUCUUCAAACGCUCCUCCUGUGAACAAAGGGACGGCUAAUAUCUUCUACAAGACGAGGAUGUGCGUGAAGUUCAAGUCAGGGGCUUGUAGAAACGGAGAGCUUUGCAACUUUGCUCACGGAAUGGAGGAUUUGAGGCAGCCUCCGUCGAACUGGCAGGAGAUUGUUGGACCUCCUGUGCAAGACAGGGAGAAGGAGAGGGAAAGAGAGAGGCUUUCUUCAUUUUCCGGUGGGAAUAAUAGUAAUAAUGGUGGUAAUUGGGAAGAUGAUCAGAAGAUUAUAUUGAGGAUGAAGCUUUGCAGGAAGUUUUGUUUCGGCGAGGAGUGUCCUUAUGGGGACAGGUGCAAUUUCAUUCACGAGGAUCUUUCUAAGUUCCGUGAGGAGAAUGGGAAGCUGAGGGAGAGUUUGGCUAUAAGUGUUGUUGAUCCACUGUCUGUUGAGAAUGGUGUUGCUGCUUCUCAUCAAGUUGAAGUGGUUAGACAAGGAGGCGUCCCUGCACCUGUAUCUGCACCGUUGAACAAUGGUGUUGGUGGUGUCAAGACUGUGUUCUGGAAGACUAGGCUGUGUGGGAAGUUUGAGAAGGGUCAGUGUCCUUUUGGUGAUAACUGUCACUUUGCUCAUGGCCAAGCAGAGCUGCUGCAACACUCUGUUGGAAGAGUUGAAGGAGAAGCUAUGAACGCAGUAGCAGCGUCUGUGAGUAAACCAAUGGUGGUGCCUGCAAAUGAAGCAUUUGCAAUGAAACCAACUGCACAAGUAACAGCAGAUUCUUCUGGUCUUAACGACGAAGGGCGGCGAAAGAAGUGUUUGCUCAAGUGGAGUGACUCCAAGAAGAUUAAUCGAAUCUAUGGGGACUGGAUCGAUGAUUUACCGGUUGGUCAGAAGUCGACAAAACCAGUAGAGAGUUAAAGAGUCUUCUAGUUUUGGUUUCCACUUGGUUUGAGUCUUUGAUGAUCAAAGGUGAAUAAAAGCUUUGGUCGAAAAUUUUGAGUAGUAAUAAUCUGUUCUUAUGUGGUUACACAAGCAAUUCUUUGAUUCGCUAUGUUCUUGAUGAAGAACAUAUACAUAGCUUAGCAUUUCCCUGUUCUCUUAAUAUUUGAUUACAUAAAAGUGGUUUGGAAUCACUAUCAGCUU